CCAGGCAUUAAUCUUUUUGGGUCUCAGCCACCUUAUUGGCUUGCUGACAUUUCAGCAGUCAUCUCAGACAUCGUUCUCCUAGCUCUCUGCACGCGCUCUCCUCCUUUCUCUCUAUUUGAAUCAGCAGCAGCAGGAGCAGCUCAGUGAGAAGCACAUCAGGAAGGUCAGCUCUGCACACUCUCCACUCAGCUCCGCUAACAUCAGCACAGGUAUUCAGCUCCGCUCCCAUGGAGGGUAAUCACCUGGAGGGCAAUCACUCCACUCGGAGCACGCCACCAUCUGUGCUUCGAGAUCAGACCGACAGUCGCGUUUAUGAAGUCUCCGUGCAGAGCAACUCCAGCAAUCUCAGCUCCCAGUUUGCAGAUGUGGCUUUGCUGCAGACGUUCAAGCCGCUCAUCAUUCCCUGCUACGUCCUGGUGGUGAUGGUGGGGGUGUUUGGGAACUACCUGCUGCUGUACGUCAUCUGCCGAACCCGGAAGAUGCACAACGUCACCAACUUUUUCAUUGGAAACCUGGCGUUUUCGGACAUGCUCAUGUGUGUCACGUGCGUCCCUUUCACCCUGGCGUACGCCUUCAACCCACACGGGUGGGUUUUUGGUCGCUCAAUGUGCUACUUGGUGUUCCUCAUCCAACCUGUCACAGUGUAUGUUUCGGUCUUCACCCUCACAGCCAUCGCUGUGGACAGAUAUUAUGCGACUGUUCACCCUUUGAAGAAGAGGACCACCGUUGCCACCUGCAUCUACGUCCUCUGUGGGAUUUGGCUGCUCUCUUGUGGCUUGGUGGCCCCCGCCGUGUCUCACACCUACCACGUCGAGUUCAAAGAGGAGGGCUUCACCAUCUGUGAGGAGUUCUGGUUGGGUCAAGAGAAAGAAAGACGGGCCUAUGCGUACAGCACUCUGUUAAUCACAUACGUGCUUCCACUGUCCGCUGUCUUUGUCUCCUACCUCUGCAUCACCGUCAAACUAAAGAAAUGCGUUGCCCCUGGCAACAGGACACAAGAUCAGGUAGGCAUCCACCAGGCUCGCAAGAGGAAGAUCUUCAGAUUGGUUGCCCUUCUGGUGACCGCCUUCGCUGUGUGCUGGCUUCCAAUCCAUGUGUUCAACGUGCUGAGGGACAUCGACAUCCACCUCAUUAACAAGCGCUACUUUUUGCUGAUCCAGCUGCUGUGCCACCUCUGCGCCAUGAGCUCAUCCUGUUGCAACCCCUUCCUCUAUGCAUGGCUGCACGACCGCUUCCGCUCCGAGCUGAGGAAGAUGCUCAAAUGCCGACAGCGCAUUGGGGCUCCUGCCAGUCACUGUGCUGCAGGUGUGGUUUUGUGAAAGCAUCCUACAUGAUAUUCAAGCAUAACCUGCUGAAAUGUAUCUGAAAGAAACUCCCAUGGCUGCCACUCACCUGAGAACAUUUAUUGUAUGUUUCACUGUAGUUUCAGGCUGUUAACAAUUUUUAUUUAACUCAUUUUCAAUAAAUAAACAAUAAAUUAUGAUUUAAAUUACAUUUUUGUGCAGCCUCCUAUCAACUUUAAAGGAUGUGUGAGUUUGCCCCAUUUUUGUGGUGACGGCAAACUUUCAGAAUAAGAUAUCAGUCAGAGUUGACAUGAAGGGAAACAGGGCUGUCAGUGUUGAUGUUGUAAAUAUGGCAGCUUUUUGAUGUGACACUUCCAUAUUUGUAAGAUGACAGUUCAAUAUGCUGCCAUUUCAAAUCAAGUUUUUGUUUUUUUGGUGACCAAAUCAGCAUUUUAGAGAAGGAAGACCUCUGACAGGUGAUCUUUAUGCAUCUUUUAGUCAUGUGGUGACCAUCUUUGCUUGUCAUUUGAUGAUCACAAGACAAUGUACUAAAUGUGAGCUUCAAUCCAAAUUGGAUUUAUUAUAAAUAAUGUACACAUGUUUUUAUGCAUACUUCAAAAUUCUCAAUGUCAACAUAUUUUUUCUUAUUUUUAAGUCUGCUCUGAGUAUUUCAAACACAAAACCAGCUCUGCAUGUCAAACUGUAUAUAACUCAUUACUGGUGUUUUGAUUUAUCAUGUCUUUACGAGUUUAAAAACUGCUCUUUACUGAGACAAUUCGGUUUUAAUCUGAUGGGAAAAAACAAGACGGCAGUGGUAUGUCACAAAAAUGGGAUUUGGAAUUUCUUAAUUACAGUUUUUUUCUAUUCAGUAUUCGGUUUCAAUUAAUAGACAAAGCAAUUCGUUUUUUUUUUUAUUUGAAUAUGACAAAAUGUAAACAUUUUUGAUUAAAUUUUUCAUUUGUGACCAAAAAUUUCUAUUUCGUGUGUGCAAAAAAGCACUUUGUAGCAACAAAUUAGUAUUUUCUAAGCAUUUUGUGCACAAAAAGUAAAAUUUUCUGCAUACAAAUCAGUAUUUUGUGGUCACAAACAGCUAUUUUAUGUGCACAAUUUAGUAUUAUAUGACCACAAAUUAGCAUUUUGUGCACACGAAUUAGUUAAAAGAAUUAAAGAAAGAUGCUAAUUUGUGAGCACAACGUGACAAUUUUUGCACACACAAUGCUAAUAUGUGCCCAAAAAUGCUAGUUUGUGUGCACAGAAUAGUAAAUUGUGCACAUAAAAUGCUAAUUGGUGGCCACAAAAUACUACUUUGUACCAACAAAAUGCUAAUUUAUGUCCACAAAGGAUAUCAAUUGGUUAAUUUGUAGUGACAAUAUAAUCAAUUGUGUUUACAAAAUGCUCAGUUGUGUACACAAAGUUCAACGUUUUGGCCACAAAUUAUUAAUUUGAGUAAUUUUUUUUCUCUGUUUGAAUGCCAUUUUCAAGGGGUCAUGCUCCACUGUUUUUCAUUCAUAAAAUAUUUUUUUUUAUCAUUGUGUA